UCCACUGUUAUUGAAUAUCAUCCGUAUUUGUACACUGUGAAAAUAGCAUAAAUUGAAUAUGAUCUAUUUUGAGACUAUGUCAAGAUAGGAUAUAACUUAUAUGUCAUAUGGAUUGAUAACGAGAUGGCAACCUUAAGAUGACUAUACAACGAUGAAAUCUAUAGAAAUAAAAUCAAUGAUGUCUGAAUGUAUGUAUGGAAACCUGGUUUGAAAAUGGCUGAUUCACCAAGAAAAUCAUCUUUAUGUAAAAGAUGGAGAGAACCCGGAUAUCGAACCCGCCUGGUGCCAACCCUAUAUCUUCUUGUGGCUUAUAUUGCCUUGGGCUUCAUAAUAGCCCAAAGAGGUUCAGCCUUUCUGGAUAUUCAACUGAUAACUAAUACAUCCUUAGAAUCCGCUUCCUUCUUCUUUACUGCUUCUGCUGUGGGUAGUGUAGUCGGGGCUUUAGUGUUUGGUGGAUUGUACGAUAAGUUUAAUAGAAAUCUUCUACUCUACCUGACCGUACUGGGCAUGUCUGCUACUGUUGUCAUCAUUCCAUAUUGUACAGCUUACGAGGCCAUGUUAGUAGCUUGGUUCUGUAAUACCUUCUUCACGGGAGGUCUUGAUGCCAGUGCCAGUGCUGACGUUGUAAGAAUGUGGGGUCUAGAAAGUCAACCAUACUUGUUUUUAGUCAACCUUGGAUUUUCAGUAGGAGCUUUUCUUGCACCUUUGUUGACUGAACCAUUUUUGGUACCCAGAGAUCUUGUAGAAAGUGUUUUAAACAACACACAGGUCGAGUGUAUUGAAAACGUUGUUAAUAUUUCCACGAGCAACUACAGCAGAAAGGCAUUAUUUGGCGAAGAACAGUUUUACGAAUCCGGCAGGAAUUUCUCGCUUAAUAGUUCAAUUUGCAACAACUCCACAGAGUCUCCGGAUCUCAAUAUCAGACUCUAUCACGCCUACACUAUUUCUGCCGUUUUAGCCCUGGUGGCAUCGCUUCCACUGCUUUUCCAGACUUGCAGAAAUAGACAGUCAACAAAGAUUGAAAAAUCAUCCACUGGUUACAAAGACGUACGAGAACUGCCGAUGCGUCAUUAUAUCGUGGCCAUAAUAAUAGUAAUUUCCACUUUCGUUUUCAACAGCACAAUAGAAGAUGCCUACGCAUCAUUUCUCAUGACAUUUGCGGUUAAACAGUUGAACUGGUCCAAGACCCAGGGAGCGCAGUUAUCAUCCGUGUAUUUCGGGAUGUACGUAAUUGUUCGAGCUGUCGGUUUCUUCUGCGCAGACGUGUUAAGCCCGACGCUUCUACUUUUAGGUUCGCUAUUGGCACUGGUAUUGACUAUAGCUGGCAUAACCCUAAGUUCCAUUUAUUCAGCCCUUAUUGGAGUGUGGAUUUUUACAGGGAUAUGCGGGUUUCUUAUGGGAAUUUUAUUUCCGGUUGCUAUCGCCUGGAUUAACAAAACAAUAAUUUCAGUGAGCGGAAAGAUCUCCUCCUUUAUGUUACUAGGGUCAGCUGUUGGUAAAUUUUGUAACCCUAUUGUGUUGGGAUAUUUCAUGGAGGAAUUCUCACCUUUGUGGUUUUGCUAUAUAUCUCUUAUUGAAGCCGGGUUGUCCGUAGCAAUAGUAGUAAUGGCGUCGAUAUACGGUCGGGAGAUAUUAGCUAAGGUACGCCGGAGAAACACGGAGAUUGUGAUCACAGUGGACGAGAAAACUCUAGACGAGUUGUCCUUAAAUGGCGCCCCAACGACAUCUGAAAUGACUUAACCCAGGAGACUCAUUUUCCAAAAGUUACUAGUUUAAUGUAAAAUAACGAAAGAAGAGAGACCGUAUUAACCGACAAUCCGGGGUUCAGAUCAAGAAAUCAAAAUACGAAAAGCACCAUAACGCCUAAAACGAUGCCAUAUGAACUGUUCUUUGUGGGGGAUUAUAUAGGUUUAUUAUAUCAUAAAUAAGGGUUUCUGAAGAAUUGUCCAUGCCAUCGCCAUUAAACGCAUACCAGUGGUAUGAUUGAUUUAUUUUGAAUAACUGGUCCUGAACAACGCAAGCUCUCCAGGUUUAAGACAAAUCGCCCAAUAACUUUGUCCCACAGUCAUAUAAUAUACAAAGAGUCUGGUCAACAGUGGCCAAGGUCGCCAUUUUGUUAUCAAAUCUGUAAGUUUAUUACGUAUAAAAUAUAUGAAAUAAUGAGUGUCCGUGAAAUUGAACGGAAUGAUAGUUCUGCAAAAAACAUUGGGGGUCUGAGGUGGGAACUGUGCAAAAUGCUGUAAUUGCAUAGCAUUAAGAUUAGAGACACAGACACCAUUUGCUAUUUAAAGAUACAUAAUGGGAGAUUAGAUAAAGAGCUGGCAGUUCUCACUACAAUAGUUAAAAAAAAACUAGAUAAAGUAAAAGGAAUUUGCAGAUAAUUUCAGUCAAAUUGAUCCACCCUGAACUGAGAUUUUAGCGAUUGAAUUUUCGGCCUAGCCUCGAUCAUCAUUACUAAAGCCUGUACGAUAAAAACCAUAGUCUCGAUUAUCCAUUUAAUGAUUAAAUUAUGAAUGGAAGUCGAACAGGAAUUCGGAACCUAAUCCAAUAAACAUCGCAGGCUAGCGAUGACAUCGAGAGUUGAUUAUGGUCUGGAUAAGUUAAUUAAAGUCUAAUUAUUAAUUAAGAUAACAUUUCAGGCCUAAAGAAAGACCUGCAAUAGACAGAUUUAGCUCUUGCAUAAAAUAUAUUUUUAAGGGUAUCUCUGUAUAUGAUUGUUCUGUACAUCCCAUACGGUGGGAGUCAAACUGGAAAAGUGUAUAAUAAUGUUAUUUUAAUAUUGUUAUUCUAUGUACAUCAUGACUGAACAACAUACUAAAAGGGUGAUUAAUUUCUACAUUAUUCUCAUUUUAUUCAUCCAAUAUGGCAUCGCUUCAUUU